UCACUGCGCGUCAUCGCAAUCGCACGCGAUAUCGCGCCGGCGAUAUUUUCGCCGAAUGUCUGUUCCCCGAGGCCGCUAUCGUAAUUGCGGAAUGCGUCGAAGCUUAUCGAGAUAUAGUUGACGUUAAUAAAUAGCAAGGUGCAAGUUGGAUUAACAUGUCCGUUGACGGGAAAGACAUUUUGACAGAAACUCAAGUGUACCGGGAUGGAAAAUCUUCCUCUUCAGCCUCCGUUCUUUGGAGAGCGGAUAGUAUACUGUUGAAGACUUUCCUUUUGGUCACCUGUAUUAAGAUCCUCCUAAUUCCUACUUAUCGUUCCACUGAUUUUGAGGUACACCGCAAUUGGCUAGCCAUCACAUACAGUUUACCUGUUAGAGAAUGGUACGUUAACGCCCGAUCUCCCUGGACUCUUGACUAUCCACCUCUGUUUGCGUGGUUUGAGUACUGCCUUAGCCAAGCGGCUGCGUUUUUCGAUCCAGAGAUGCUUAAAGUGGAGAAUUUGAAUUAUGCCUCAUCAGCCACGGUAUAUUUCCAGAGAGGCACCGUUAUAGUCGCUGAUCUGAUACUUGCUUAUGGAGUAAGAGAAAUGGGUAGGACAUUUUGCAAAUCUUUAAACAGCCACAUAGUUUUCAUAUUUUUAUCAUUAUGCAACAUAGGACUGCUGAUAGUUGAUCAUAUACAUUUCCAGUACAAUGGUUUUCUACUUGGCAUUCUGUUGCUCUCAACGGCAAACGUCUCGAAGAUUGGCAAGCAGGUGUCAGUAUUGCAAGGCGCUAUGUGGUUUGCUGUUUUACUCAACUUGAAACAUCUAUAUGUAUAUGUGGCACCAGCAUACACUGUCUGGCUAUUGAAAUCAUAUUGUUGGGACAGUAAAAAGUUCUUUAAACGGUUAUUUAGUCUUGGACUUAUCGUUUUGACCGUUCUAGCAGUAUCCUUUGGCCCAUUCAGAACUCAACUAUCGCAGGUAAUUUCCCGUUUAUUUCCGUUUAAAAGAGGUCUAGUACAUUCGUACUGGGCUGCAAAUGGUUGGGCUCUAUAUAUCGGCGCAGAGAAAGUGCUGUCUGUGAUAUGGAAACGCUUAGGAUGGUUGGAGGAUGUUAAAUCUGCAGUAAUGACGGGUGGCCUAGUGCAAGAGGAAAACUUUCUUAUAUUACCCACUCCAACUCCUAUCGUUACGUUUAUUCUGACUUUCGUAACAAUGCUCCCUGCAUUAUGGUGUCUGCUAUGUAAAAAGUCCUACAUGAACUCGAGACAUUUUGUUAGGUGCAUCGUACUGUGUGCAUUAAGUUCAUUCAUGUUUGGCUGGCAUGUGCACGAGAAAGCCAUACUAACCGCGAUUAUCCCUUUGUGCGUCCUCGCGACGAUAUAUGCAGAAGACGCACGCAUAUUCAUUAUUUUAAGCACUGCUGGACAGACUGCUCUUUUACCUCUGCUGUAUCCCGAUAAUUUGUCUUCACUGAAAUUAGUGUUAUUGCUGACAUACAUGCUUUCGUCGAUUUUAAUCCUGACUAAUCAGCACGGCGGGCCUCUGUUACGAUUACACGAAUGGCUGUACGUAAUACCGCUACCGUUAGUUACAAUCUACGAAGUGGUGCUGCAUAAAUUGUUACUUGGCGACAAACUGCCAUUCCUACCAUUAGCAUUUACCUCUGUAUAUUGUGCCAUUGGUGUAACUUAUUGUUGGAUAUUGUACUAUCACAUGUAUCUGCGGGAGAACGCACGUUCUACCAAUGAUGGAACAGUGGGAAGCAAACUGAGUCGCCAAAAAUUGAAGGAUAAGUAAUCCUAAGGAAUACAAAUUGCCAAAGACUUGUACAUAUCUUCCUGAGCAAAAUAAAGCUUUUGUAAAUUGUAUAAAACUAAUCGCCUACCUUAUUGUCUAGUAGAUAAUCACGCUGUUAUACGUGUACAUACUUGCCUGAUGAUUAUAAAAUACGUAUUAUACAAUUUAAUGUCAUUAUAGAGAUUUCUGAAAGUAGAAACUUAGGAAAGAAUUUUAAGAUUUAAAGAUAAUCUCUUCUACGUGACAUUCUUUGUCAACGUCAAA